AUGAAGAAAGUGGAGGGAGCAGUAGCUCAAGACCAGAGAAAAACCGAAAAUGUGGAAUUUGAAAUGCCUACUAUGGGCGAAACGUUAGGUAAACACCAAAAGGACCUUGAUGAGAGUGUAUUAUCCCGUGGAAGGUUAGACUUUGUCAAGUAUUUGGAGUCUGUCAAAGGUCAACUUACGCAAGAACAGUUCGAAUUGGUCCGUUCAUGUGCUUUGGAUCAAAAUAACCUAAUGGCAACCAGCGACAAGCUGCACGCCAAGAACAUUGAAACCAAGUUUUUAUUACUCAAAAGACGGUUUUUUUUAGAUAAAGACAAUGUGGUUCGGGAUCAUAAAAAUUCUGACAACAUUGUUUGUGAACCUGACAUGAUAUUCAAUCUGGUGAUGUGUGGACAUGUAAAAAACGGGCACAUGCAUUGGCGUCGUCUACACCGAAAUUUGAAAACGUAUUAUGCCAAUGUCACACGGGACUUUACCCAGCUGUGCGUACGUUACUGUUCGAAAUGCAAUGCUACUAAAAGAAUACCUCCACAACAAAAAUAUCGUCAUUAUAACAUCUACAAUGGGCUCUUGCCCCUAGAAAGAGUGCACGUUGAAAUCGUUUCUCCACUACCAACGCCCAUUGAGGGCACAUAUUCUCAUAUCCUGUACUGCAGAGAUUAUCAUUCGAGAUUUGUAUGGAUGCUACCUUUGAAAACCGAUAACGUCGAGGAUUUGACCGGGGCGUUUUCGACCUUUUUACUUUCAUUACCCCGGAUCCCCAUGUUUAUCGAAACUGCUUCUAUGGAUCGACGGCUUCUGUUCGAGAUAUGUGAAAAAAUAGCUUGCGACUAUUCUCUCACAUUAGGUCUCGGAAUGAGCCCAUCUCGCACUUUCCAACGAAAUGGGAUCACAAGACUGCGACACCAGCUCAAAUCGAAUUCAAGUCAUUGUAUAGCAUCAUGGCCUAUGUGUUUGAAAAGCGGAGCCACCGACCAUAAUUUAACAUAUAACAACAGAGUACAGGCUAUACCGGGGAAUCUUCUGCACAGCACGGUCAGCGAUUACGUUCGUCAAUUUGAACAGAAGCGCGAGAAACUAAUAGAAAAGCUUGCCGCUACUAAUGUGGUAGUGUUGAGAAAGGCCGGGCGACGGCAGGGCUUACUUUACCUCGAAGACGAAACAACGGCUUUCCACAUGCCAGAUGAAGACUACAGUUCAACAGAAUACGAUACAGAAGGUCAAUUCGAUACGCCGAUUAACGAGGGGUCGUCCAUAAGUUCUUCACCACAAGCUCACUCUUUUAUUGAGCCGGCAUUUUCAUCAUCUGGGACAAAUCCGCUACUUUCAGACAAACCUGAGAUCAACCAAAGUCCAGAAAUUAGCAUGCGAGCUUCCGUUGGUGGUAGUUUACAAGAGCGGGAUCCUGAUACAUUGGUUAAUGCAUCUAUUGAACUGUGA